CCAAGAUGGCCCAAUUCAAAACUAAGCACUAUGUGGUUUCCCUGUGCCUGGCUCUUUCCCUUUUCGUGGGAUCCCUGAAUGCAGAGUGCUGUACGGAUGGCGAGACAAAAUGCGACCCGGAUGAUUGCACCAAGUAUAGUGUGUGCUGCCAUGGCGAAUUUGUUUCCAAGUCUUGCAUUGACGGAGAGUAUUGGAACCCGGAGAUUGGAGAAUGCGACACUAACAAUGGAGAGUGCUAUCCGCCGAAUUGUGAGGAGGGGGAGAUCGAAGCCAAUCCAGAUGACUGCGCCGGGUAUCUGGAGUGCGUGAACGGUAUCGUGGUAGACCAGAGCUGUCCCGAUGGAUACUUCUUCAACGAGACUGAAUGCACUCGCGACACCUGUGGAGUUUGCGUUAAUUGCACUGAAGGAAGCACCAAACCAGAGCCUUCCGGUGACUGUACUAAGUACCUGCUUUGCUCCGGUGGAAAGUACGUAACUGUAUCCUGUGAUAGUGGCUAUUACUGGAACAACACCUGGGGAGAGUGCCUAGAGGACAAUGGCGAGUGCAACGGCAGUCCAUCUUGCACAGAAGGAGAGUUAGAGUGGAAUCCUUUGGACUGUGCUGGUUACCGGUUAUGCUCCAACGGCAGCUUGGUGAACAAGACGUGCCCCGAUGGUGCCUACUUUGACAACAACAUGCGUGCUUGUGUUCAGGAUACUAAUGGAACCUGCGUCAACUGUACCGAGGGAAGCAAACAGCCAGAGCCAUCCGGUGACUGUACCAAGUACCUGCUUUGCUCCGGUGGAAAGUACGUAACUGUAUCCUGUGAUAGUGGCUAUUACUGGAACAACACCUGGGGAGAGUGCCUAGAGGACAAUGGCGAGUGCAAUGGCAGUCCAUCUUGCACAGAAGGAGAGUUAGAGUGGAAUCCUUUGGACUGUGCUGGUUACCGGUUAUGCUCCAACGGCAGCUUGGUGAACAAGACGUGCCCUGAUGGUGCCUACUUUGACAACAACAGGCGUACUUGUGUUCCGGAUACUAAUGGAACCUGCGUCAACUGUACCGAGGGAAGCAAACAGCCAGAGCCAUCCGGUGACUGUACCAAGUACCAAAUUUGCGCGGGUGGAAAAUACGUUACCAUGUCCUGUUCUGCCGGCGAGUAUUGGAAUAAUAAAAGCAAGAUCUGCGAGACGGACAACGGAGAGUGCAAUGGCACCCCAUCAUGCACGGAGGGCGACAAGAAGGCAAAUCCGUCGGAUUGCGCCGGAUACUUGCAGUGUGUGAACGGCAACUAUGUUGCCAUGAAGUGCUCUGCUACUGAGUUCUUCAACACAACACUGAAUAAGUGUGUUGUCGACACAAAUAACGUUUGCAUCCCCAAGACCUGCGACCCUCAGUGCUGCGAUCUUCCCAACAAUUCGAUGUGGCCCGUGGAGAAGAACUGCUCGGCCUUCUUCCAGUGCGUCAACGGCAAGUACGUUCAGCAGAGGUGCCCCAACAAUCUGCAGUUCAACAACAUCACGAGUGAUUGUGACUACCCCGAGAACGUCGGCUGCGACGAUGGAACUGCGCCGCCCAGCGGUCCCAGCGCCGGUCCCUCUGGAACCUACUGUGAGAGUCAAGGGCGUUGUGUUGGCCAGCGCGACGGAACCAUGUUUGCUGGGGCCAACGCUUGCAGCUCUUCGUAUAUUGUCUGCCAGUGCGAGUGCGAGGUGGAUUUCAGCUGUUCAUCCGGACUCGUCUUCAAUGAGCAGAUCAAGACCUGCGAUUGGGCGUCCAAUGUAAAAUGCUGA